AUGACCAGAGCAGUUGUUUCACUCCAUGGUUCUCUAACGAAGAACAUUAUUUCAUACCGAAGAGUUCCUGUCUUUUCUUACUUUACUGAUUUCGUGAAACAAGUGAACUCAGUUAGCACAACGAACUUUUCGUUUGUUUACAAAGAAUGUGCGAAGCAAGGAGCAGUAGAGGUAGGCAAGCAAGCUCAUGCUCACAUGAUACUAUCUGGGUUUCGUCCCACUACUUUCGUGCUGAACUGUCUGCUGCAAGUCUACACUAACUCUAAAGACUUACUCUCUGCUUCCAAGUUGUUCGAUAGAAUGCCUCUGAGAGAUGUUGUUUCGUGGAACACAAUGAUAACUUGUUAUUCAAAGAGUAAAGAUAUGGUAAAAGCGAAUUCUUUUUUUGAUAUGAUGCCUGAGAGAGAUGUUGUGUCAUGGAACUCAAUGCUUUCUGGGUAUUUGCAAAACGGUGAGAGUUUUAAAUCUGUUGAGGUUUUCGUUGAGAUGGGGAGAGCAGGUGUUGGGUUUGACUGUAGAACGUUUGCUGUGGUCUUGAAAGCAUGUUCGUGUUUAGAGGAUAAUAGUUUAGGAAUGCAGAUUCAUGGGGUUGUUGUUAGAGUGGGUUGUGAUACUGAUGUGGUUGCUGCAAGUGCGUUGUUGGAUAUGUAUGCAAAGUGUAAGAGAUUUGACGAGUCGGUUAGAGUGUUUCAAGGUAUUCCGGUGAAGAACUCUGUGUCUUGGAGUGCUGUAAUCGCGGGCUGUGUUCAGAAUAACUUGUUGUCUUUAGCUUUGAUGUUUUUCAAGGAGAUGCAAAAGGUGGGUGGUGGAGUGAGCCAGUCGAUUUACGCUAGCGUCUUGAGGUCAUGCGCUGCGUUGUCUGAGUUGAGGUUAGGUGGUCAGUUACAUGCUCAUGCGUUAAAAUCUGAUUUUGCAGCGGAUGGGAUAGUGAGAACGGCGACUUUGGAUAUGUAUGCGAAGUGUGAUAAUAUGCAAGAUGCUCAGAUUUUGUUUGACAAGUCAGAAAAUCUUAAUAGGCAAUCUUAUAACGCAAUGAUUACUGGUUAUUCGCAGGAAGAGCAUGGUUUCAAGGCUCUACUUGUGUUUCACCGGCUCAUGUUAUCAGGUCUUGGGUUCGACGAAAUAAGUUUGUCAGGAGUGUUCAGGGCUUGUGCCUUGGUGAAAGGUCUUUCAGAAGGUCUUCAGGUUUACGGUUUAGCGGUGAAAAGCAACUUGUCAGUAGAUGUCUGCGUUGCAAAUGCUGCGAUUGACAUGUAUGGGAAAUGCCAAGCUCUGGGUGAAGCCUUUCGUGUAUUUGAUGAUAUGAGAAGAAGAGAUGCUGUUUCUUGGAAUGCGAUUAUAGCAGCACAUGAACAGAACGGGAAAGGAUAUGAAACGCUUUCUCUUUUUGUCUCAAUGCUCCGCGCUAGUAUCGAACCUGAUGAGUUUACUUUUGGAAGCGUUUUGAAAGCUUGCGCUGGUGUUUCUUUGGGCAACGGUAUGGAGAUUCAUUCCAACGUUGUUAAGUUAGGAAUGGCUUCAAAUUCCUCCGUUGGAUGCUCUCUGAUCGAUAUGUAUUCAAAGUGUGGAAUGAUAGAAGAGGCAGAGAAGAUACAUAGUCGGUUGUUUCUUCGAGGCAAUGUUCCUGAAGAGGUUGAAAAGAUGCACAACAAGAGACUACAAGAACUCUGUGUUUCAUGGAAUUCAAUCAUUUCAGGAUAUGUAACGAAGGAACAGAGUGAAGAUGCUCAGAUGCUUUUUACUCGGAUGAUGGAGAUGGGCAUAACUCCUGACAAGUUCACUUAUGCAACGGUUCUUGAUACCUGCGCGAACCUAGCUUCAGCUGGAUUAGGCAAACAGAUUCAUGCUCAGGUCAUCAAGAAAGAAUUGCAGUCUGAUGUCUAUGUCUGCAGCACCCUCGUUGACAUGUACUCGAAAUGUGGAGAUCUCCAUGAUUCAAGGUUAAUGUUUGAGAAGGCCCUGAAGAGAGAUUUCGUGACGUGGAACGCCAUGAUCAGCGGGUAUGCACACCACGGGAAAGGAGAGGAAGCUAUAAAACUGUUUGAGAGAAUGAUACUCGAAGACAUCAAACCGAAUCAUAUAACUUUCAUAUCUAUACUCCGAGCUUGUGCUCACAUGGGUCUAGUAGAGAAAGGACUAGAGUAUUUCGACAUGAUGAAGACGGAAUAUGACUUGGAUCCUCAGCUACCUCAUUACUCGAACAUGGUGGAUAUCUUGGGAAAAUCAGGGAAAGUUGAGAAAGCAUUGAAGCUUAUUCGAGAGAUGCCGUUCGAAGGAGACGAUGUUAUAUGGAGGACGUUAUUAGGAGUCUGCGCAAUACAUAGAAACAAUGUAGAGAUUGCUGAAGAAGCAACAGCUGCUCUGUUGAGAUUGGAUCCACAAGACUCUUCAGCUUAUACUCUUUUAUCGAAUGUAUAUGCAGAUGCAGGAAUGUGGGAAAAGGUUUCGGACAUGAGGAGAAGUAUGAGAAGAUUUAAGCUUAAGAAGGAGCCUGGUUGUAGUUGGGUUGAGCUCAAAGAUGAGCUUCACGUGUUUUUCAUUGCAGAUAAGGCUCAUCCUAGAUGGGAAGAGAUCUACGAAGAGAUUGGUUUGAUCUACAGUGAAAUGAAAUCGUUUGAUGAUUCGUCUUUGGUGCCUGAGGCCAAUGGUAUUACUGCUAAAUGUGUUGUAGGGAGUGGAGCUCACUAUGACCGAAGCGACUAG